GCUCUCGCUCCGUCUUUCUCCCUCUCUCCGUCCCACUCCCUCGUGUGGUGUGGUCAGGUGGUCAGUCAGUCAGUGCCAGUGCCAGUCUUACCAGUGGCUGCAGUGAGCAGUGCCGGUGCCCGUUGCCCCGUCGAACUCGGUCGCGAUGAACCACAACAACAAGAGGAAGGUGGACGUCAACGACAACCUGGACAGCUUCUCGGUUCCCCGGGUCCCUCCCCCGGCUCUGAGGAACACGAAUGUCAACUCGCGCCGCAUGUCCUUGGCGGCCGGCACGCUGCCUGGCCACUCGGCCCCGGUGUUUGCCAUGCCGGCGAUCCCCACGGUCUCCGCCGUCGGCUCCUCUUCCUCGGCCAGCCGCAGGCACGCCGAGGAGCAGCAGGAGCAGCUGGACUCCGUCUUCAACAGCUACAUCACCACCUUGGCCUCAAAGCGCAGGGUGGAGAUGAGCGCCGUCAACAGUCGCCGUGACAUUGCCGAGCAGUUAUCAAUUCUCCUGCAGGAAAGUGUCAGGAUAAAAAUUCAGAAAGAAAAGGAACACACGAAACUGGAUGAGCUUCACUUUUUGCUGCUUUCUUGCCAUAUGGCAUGUAGUUUCCCACGCUUAUUAGAUGAAACUAUUAUGAGGCAAUGUGUUCCACUGCAAGCAAUAUCAGCAUGUGCUCAGAGCCGAAUGAAUUCUCUAAGAUGUACACAGGUUAAGCCCAUUAAAGAUAUGCAGAAAUUUGAUAAAGUUGGAGAGAGUCUAAAUGAACUCGGAGAGACUUUCUGCAUUCCUUCAGAAAUCAUAGAUAAUUGUGUCAACACUGCAGGGUGUCUUCGUGAUCUGGAGGAAUCAAUAAAUGUUGUGGAAGAAGAAAACAAAAGUCUGGACCAGUUAAAGGACACCAACCACUGUCUCCUCGCUCAGAACUUUUCAAGUACUAUGAAACUGUCAUAAAUGUUAUUGUAUUUUAUAAUUUUUUUCCUAUUGUUUACUGAUGUUUUCAAUUUAUGGGGAAGGUAGUUAAAAUUUUUUGAUACUUUUUUAAGGAAUAAAUAUGGUUUGCAGUUGAAUA